AUGGUAGUGCAAAGCUUGUCUAGAAAGCGAGUUGAUAUUGAGUCCUUCGAGUUUAAACUAUUCUCCGAUCAUCUAGAAUCGACCAAAGAAACUAUUGGUGUUGAAGAGAGAGAGGAUGAAGUCGUUUUAGAUGUCGUCCAAUGUAGUUCCGAGGAACCAAUUAAUGUUGUUGGUUUUGAGUCCACUGAGUACUUCACCACAAAUAAGACAUUUAAUUCAAAAGAAAAUGUUACAGAGGGGUGUCGCGAGAUUGAUAGUCAAUACAACAUAAUUGUUGUGAUUAAAAAAUGGGUGAAUAAGAAUGAGAAUCAUGGUGGAAAGGGUUACGCCAUUGUACUUGGAUGCGAGAGAGGUGGGAAAUACAGAAAACGUAACUGUACGGUGAGUCCUUCUAAAUGUAGGAAAGGAACUGCAACAAAAAAAUGUGGAUGUCCUUUUAAGUUGCGGUCGACUUGUGUAGAUGCUUCGAAAUGGAAUUUGAUUGUCAAAGAUGGACACCAUAACCAUGCUCCAGCAGAUACACUUUUGGGGCAUUCGUUCGCCGGUAGACUCUCAGACGAAGAAAAACAAUUUGUUAUAAAAUUCCACGAACACGGUAUGCCACCAAGACAUAUUCUCAUUGCUUUAAGGGAAAAUUUUAAAAAGAACGCUUCAACUUUGAAGACCAUUGACAACUGCAUACAAAAACAUAGGGUAUCCGAAAGAGCGGGUAGAACAAGAAUGCAACUGCUUCAUAAGUACCUGGAUGAUUCCCAUUAUGUAACAUGGAAUAGGAAAAAUUCUGAUACAUGUGAGGUGACUGAUAUCUUCUGGGCACAUCCAGAGUCAACAUUAUGUGCUCAAUGUUUUCCUUCUGUGGUGAUUAUUAAUUGUACAUACAAGACAAAUAGAUGGAAGAUGCCUUUGUUUCAUGCGGAGGGUAUGACAUUUAUGGGCACGACAUUUUCCAUUGCUUUUGCAUUUAUGAGCGCCGAGCUAACAAGAAACUAUGAAUGGGCCUUGCAACAUCUGAGAUCGCUUUACUCUCCAACAAAUUUUUGGGAAAUAGUCAAGGUGGAUUUGUUGAGUGCUGGCAUCAAAUGCACAAUAUGCAUGAAUCUCAACUGGUGA